GCAGAAUACAAGGAAUUUGUUUCUCUCUCUAGAACUUUCCUUAUCUCCUUGUUUCCUUUUUCCUCUCUAUUCUUGGGUUCUCAUUUCCCGGAACAGAGAAACAAUAUUUUGUUGCUGAAUCCACCAAUUAAGAGAGGAAAUGGGCUCUGAAGGAUCAAGAGUUGUUGUGCCCAGGAAUUUCAGAUUACUGGAAGAGCUUGAGAGAGGUGAAAAGGGAAUUGGGGAUGGGACUGUUAGCUAUGGAAUGGAUGUUGCUGAUGAUAUAUAUAUGCAGUCAUGGACAGGGACUAUUAUUGGCCCCCCUAAUACUGUUCACGAAGGACGUAUCUAUCAGUUGAAGUUGUUCUGUGGCAAGGAUUACCCAGAUAAUCCACCAAGUGUUAGGUUCCAAACUCGGAUAAACAUGACUUGUGUCAAUCCAGAAACUGGAGUGGUUGAGCCUAGUCUAUUCCCCAUGCUUGCUAAUUGGCAAAGAGAGUACACAAUGGAGGAUAUAUUAACUCAACUGAAGAAAGAAAUGAUGUCUCCCCAGAAUCGGAAGCUCAUUCAGCCUCCUGAAGGAAAUGAAGAGGCAAGGACGGAUCAAAAGAACAUAGUGCUGAAGUGUUGUAUUGUGUGAGCGUGAGCGUGAGCGGUCAGAGAUGAUUCAACCUGUUUAUGUAUAUAAAUAUAUAUAUGGUAGGUGCUGCCUCCAGCCGGUUUAGUUCAAUCAAUAUUGUGAUGCACGAGAAAGAUAUACUUGGUUCCACUAAACGGUGGCUAAAUAAAUCGAACUUCUUAAAUCAGUUAAUGACAUUCGUAAUUUUAUGAAUUGUGCUGAAUCAAUCUUGGUGAAUCGUGUUUUCUCUUUUUCUUUUUUCUUUUUAUUUUUAUGCAUUUUGAGAUGUAACUGAGAACAACUUGAGUUGGAAGAUUCACCAUUUGAAAUGAUAAUUUGCUUAUCUUUGAUUUGAGUUCCAAGAUAAACUUUGUUAUGACCUAUUCAUGGAGCUAUAUGAGGCAAAUCUGUAACUCAUUUUAUAGGAAAAUAUCCAUUCUUCUUGCAACAUUAUUUGAUUUAAGGUGCAUUUUUAACUCAUAAUUGAUGUUCUUAUAGCCAUCCCACAUAGAGGUUGUUCGCUUGGAAGAAGAGAGUUGUCAAGGUAGAAAACCCAUCCUUCUUACUCAAAGCAAGUGGCACACAUAAGGAGGAUUUUUAAGGAAAAUUGAGGAUUUUUAAAUUAAAAUCUAAUUUUAGUG